AUGGCUUUGUUGUUCAUCAUCAAUUUCUCAUUGGUACAUUUAGUUGCUUCAGAAAUUGAUGGAAGCAGAAUGAAAUAUUUUGAUUUAAUUCCAAAUGCUACUCUUAGGUUCUUGGAAAAUUCCCCUGAAAUAAGCAAUACAUCAUUUCUAUCGUCGCAAGGGAUAGUGCCAAAUUUUGCAUUGGAAAUGCUAAUUAGGUUAAUUUAUACCAGAAUGAAUCAGUUGUUGCUUUAUGUCGAUGAAAUUGAUAUCGUUGAAGAUGUUCUGAAUCAUCUCGCACAAAGUGCAUCAAAGAGCUAUGCUGCAUACUGCAUGCAUGCAUUCAAACAUGUACCUGCAAUUACUUGCAAAUGUAAUGCGAUUUUAGUGCAACUACAUUUCCACCUCGAUGUUGCAAAAAAUUUGAUGGAAUGCAUUUUCAGGAUCUUUAUUGAUAAAGAGUUAAGGAAUCACAAUACAACAGAUGCUUGCAAAUUCAGUGGAUAUAGUCUCGACAAUCCAUCAUUUGACGUUUGUCUACCCUCAUCAUGUGACCAUUACAACACGCUGAUGAUGCUUAGUCGUUCACGUAACUGGUUCAAUUUAACAAUUCUACUCCUGUAUGUACUGUAA